UGACUGUCAUGUGUCAAGUGCGAAAAUCAACGAAGAGUUAAAAAUACAGAAUCUUGUAUAAAAAAACAAGAUUAUUAAAUGAAAAUUGGUAACAAGUACAUUUAUAUUUGCUAAUAAUGUUCAAAUCGUUUAUCCAAGCAGAAGUGACGCUCUGCCGGAGAAUUUUUGUAAGAAGUCUUAAUACUGGAUCACCAUGGGAUAUUGUGACGGGAGUUUGUGUGGAGAGACUGCCAGUGGUCACUCCACCUUUGAAUGAAAUGCAAAAGAAAUUUAUGGCACUCCAAAGUACCCUAGAAAUUGAGAAGAGUAUGAAGUCAGACCAUGAAAUCCGGCAUGAAAACGAUAAAAUCCAAGCUGAACUGCUGAAGAAGGAGUCAGCUGAUGUGGAUGUGGAUGCAGUGAGCAAAAUUACUGCUCAGGACUUCGAGGACGCUUCUAACGAAGAGCUGACUCAGUUCAAAUUUGCUAGUAUAGAAACCGAUGCAGACAAAAAAGGUGACAAAACCUCAACGGAAAGAUGCCUUCAAAGACACUUGGUAUUAGUGACACCUAUCAAACUAGGCUCUGAUGUCAAAACAUUACUACCGCAAGGAUUGUGGAAGGAAGGGGAAACUUUAAGACAGACUGCUGAGAGAACAGUAAAGGAGCAGUGUGGGCCUGAACUGAAUGUGCAGUUCUUGUCAAAUGCACCAUGUGGCUUCUAUAAGUACAAAUAUCCUUCUGAAGUGAACGGGAAAAUAGGUGCUAAAGUAAGUAUAUAUAAGUCAAAGUCGUCGAUUACUAGGACGUCCACCCCCGAGGUGGACAGACAACUUGAUUAUGGUCGAAGGGGCGCUGCUGGAUGUAGGUCGUUUCCACCCGGCCUAUCUGAAAGUAAUUGCGGGAGGCCUAUGUUCAGCAGUGGACGUCCUAUGGCUAAUAUGGUAUUCUUCUACUACGCCAAUUACAAAAGUGGAAAGCCAAACAAGACUAAAGGCAACUGGCUAACUCGCAAUGAGCUACAAGAUAUUCUACCAGACAGAUAUAACAAGUCUGUUAAAGAGUUUCUAAUAGAAGAAACAUAUUGAUAGUUUUGUUUAGAGAAUAGCAUUUUUGUAGUAAUAAAUAAAAUAUGGUUUAU